GUUGUAAGCGUCUCUGGAUCCUAAACAAAGAUGGCGGCGUGUGUAUUACGAAGCUGGCGAAUCUUGUCUACUGUUCAUAAGUUUGGUAAUAAAAACACACUGCGGUCACUUGGUGUGGAGCUCAACAGCAGACACGAAGUAAAUAGACGCCGACUGCAGUGUUCGUCAUGUGGUGUCCUGAAUGUACAGCAGAAACGAUGCAUGUCGUCCCGUAACAGGGCAGAAGGGAAGGUGCUAGAGACAGUGGGAGUGUUUGAAGCCCCAAAGCAGCAUGGCAAAUACGAAACAGGACAGUUGUUCCUGCACAGUGUGUUUGGCUACAGAGGCAUCGUCCUUUUCCCCUGGCAUGCUCGACUUUACGAUCGUGACGUCAGCCCUCCAGCAUCUGAGAGUAAGCCAGAGACUCCAGGAGCACACGGGUCAAAGGAGGUGAAGGGAAAAACACACACAUACUAUCAGGUCCUCAUUGACACCAGAGACUGUCCACACAUAUCGCAGAGAUCGCAGACAGAAGCCGUCACAUUUCUAGCCAAUCAUGACGACAGCAGGGCUCUGUAUGCUAUUCCAGGUUUAGACUACGUGAGCCAUGAAGAUAUUCUGCCAUAUAAUUCUACAGAUCAGGUGCCAAUUCAGCACGAGCUGUUUGAGAGGUUCCUCAUGUUCAACCCAGCUAAAGCGCCUCCAUUUGUAGCAAGAGACACACUGCGUGCAUGGCAGGAGAAGAACCAUCCGUGGCUAGAGCUGUCUGAUGUCCACAGAGAGACUACAGAGAAUAUCCGGGUGACCGUCAUCCCUUUCUACAUGGGCAUGAGGGAAGCACAGAAUUCACAUGUUUACUGGUGGCGUUACUGCAUUCGUCUAGAGAACAUGGGCAACGAGGUCGUGCAGCUGAGAGAACGACACUGGAGGAUCUUCAGCCUGUCUGGAACGCUGGAAACGGUCAGAGGCAGAGGAGUGGUGGGCCGUGAGCCUGUAUUGUCCAAAGAGCAGCCAGCGUUCCAGUACAGCAGUCAUGUCUCACUACAGGCCCCCAGCGGACACAUGUGGGGCACGUUCCGGAUCGAACGGACCGACGGCUCUCACUUUGACGUGCGCAUCCCUCCGUUCUCCUUGGAGAGCAACAAAGAUGAAAAGUCUCCACCUGCUGGAUACAACUGGUAGACCGUCUGAACGAACCACCUUCCCACUAUCUAGCAUUUACAUCCCAACUCGGAGGAUAAAACCUGAUCUCGGAUUACGAACCAAGGAUCGUCUAACACUCGGAAUCCUUCAUGCCAACUGGACAUCUGUUGAGUGAUGGUUUUACACCGUCACCUGUUUAAUACUGUAUCCAUCACUGUACUCUGUAGAUGUUCUAUAAUAACAAGUGAGAACUAGAUCUCCCAUGCACAGAUUCUAACUUCUUCAGUCCCAGGCUUUUGAUGAUCGUUAAAUGAAAAGUGCAUCAAUUGCAUUUUCUUUUUUUCAUACAUCAUUUCAGCUCAAUCCCUUGUAAUCCUGCAGCUUUUAUUUGACUUCUCCAGUUUACCGUACUGAUUCUAGUGUUUCACUGUAGUGUAUCGUAUGUAUUUCUUCUCCUUGUCCUCCUCCAUCACACCCGUCUCCCUGUAGGCUUAAUUUCCAACAAUUUGUCAGUCUCUGAGAUUUGUACUCUUGGAGAGAACACAUGGAGCUUGUGUAGAAAAGGGACACGAGUGUCUUCAGAAGUUGUGAAUCGGGUAUGAGACAAAAGGUUUGGUAGUUGAUGCUGAGGGAUCAGUCAUGAUUUGUGCCAUCAUACAGUAUGAUCGUGUUGAAUUAGAAGUACAGUACAUCCACUGUAUUGUAAGUUGCUAUGGUAAGGAGAACCCGCUGUUCUGUGAAUUUUGGUAUUUUUUUCCCCACUCUAACGGACCUAAUUCGACUAAUCAGCUCUGAACGCACAAGAAACGCAUCUCCAUUGACACCAAGAGUCUAGAGUGUGUACUUUUUUCCUGUUUAAGUGCCUGAUGAAUGAGAAGGUGUUAAUGGAAAGUCAGAGUAAAGAUCAGAUGAUCCGGCAUUAAAGCACUCGCUCUGUUGCUGAGCGCUGAGGCUCCGUGUUCUAGUGGGCUAGAUGCUUGAGUGAUUUGACAUCCACUGCUGUGAGCUAGAAUGGCUGUAUGAUUAUCACUUAUUUCUAUUGUUGUUGUUGUUGUUGUUUUCUUGAAACCAGCAUUGUUUGCAGCCCUGAGCAAGCAUGUUUUAAAUAAAGCCUGGACUUACAGAUGGUUUAGUUUAGCUUGGAUAGUUUUGGAUUUAGGUAUUUAGUGUAAGUGAUGACUAGUUGGGUUUUUUUCCUGCUCAAAUCUAAGUUUCUGCACAAUUGUGUAAUAGAAAUAAGCUGAUAUGCCAAACAUGGUGUUUUUGUGUGUGUGUGUGUGUGUGAGGAAUGAGGUGAGAGCCUUUUAAAGGAAAAAUCCACCCAACCAUCAUUUGCAUAUAAGGAAGCAAAAAUAAACCCCAGACUGUUAUCUCUUCGUUUGUUAUUUUUUAUUUUUUUGUCCCUCCGGUUAAACGCUGUCGUAACUACGAUAUCUAAAACAAGGACGUCACACAAUGGGAUCUCUCACAAAAACAACAAUUUCACACCGAGCAAUAAAUUAGUCGAAAAAUCAUUCAGCACAUCAGAGAAAGGUGUUUUCCUUUAAAAUCUUUUGGCCAAUGAACGAAAGGUGAGAGAAAUGUCUAAUGAUGAAAUCUAAAUGUUUACAUUCCCCAGUGUGGUGUUAGUUAUUGUUAUUCAGGGCAAUUCUGAGCAGACUUUAGAUCACUGCUCCCUCACUGGGAUAUUAGAGAAUUUCUCCUGUUGUGUGUUUGUGAUAUUCUUUCUUGAAUUUCUGUCUUCCCCAAAAAUGUGAGCGGACGAGGUCUGAGCUGCGUAUUUGUGUUUGCGGGCAGUGUGUAAGAUGUUAUGUUUGAUAUCUUAAAGAUAUGUUUGUAAUAAAGCUGCAGUUAUUCUUGCAUAAGGGAAAAAUCUCACCUAUGCAUUUUUCUGAGUACUUCUUAACAAUGAUGGAAACUAAAUUCAAGCUAAAAUCUGACGUCUGUUUAGUUUUGUUCUUUUAUGAAGGAUGGAAGUUAAUAAAAAAUUUGUUUAAUAAAAAUAAAGAUCAGGUUAACAACAGAGAAAAA